CUUGGCGGCAUUAAGCAUAUUGAUGCCUGCAUGCUAGCUCUGUUUACGUAGGUACAUGUGCAGCUAGUUAGUUGUUUUUUUAAAGAAACAAUCAAAAAAGUACAUCGAGCUUUACCUUCAUGUGAACUGUAGUCAAGAUGGGAAAGCCGAAAAAGAAGAGUGAUCUUAGCCGGGCUGAACUGAUGAUGAUGACGAUUGCAGACGUAAUCAAACAGUUGGUUGAGGCUCAUGAGCAGGGCAAGGAUAUCAACCUUAACAAGGUGAAGACAAAGACCUCGGCGAAAUAUGGCCUCUCAGCACAACCACGUCUAGUAGACAUCAUCGCUGCGGUGCCACCCCAGUACCGACGAGCCCUUGUGCCAAAACUGAAAGCUAAACCCAUUCGCACGGCCAGUGGGAUUGCUGUUGUUGCUGUGAUGUGCAAGCCCCAUCGCUGUCCUCACAUCAGUUUCACAGGGAACAUUUGUGUAUACUGUCCAGGUGGUCCUGACUCUGAUUUUGAAUAUUCAACACAGUCCUACACAGGAUAUGAGCCAACGUCUAUGAGGGCAAUCCGAGCACGCUACGAUCCCUAUUUGCAAACAAGACACAGGGUGGAACAGCUGAAGCAGCUGGGCCACAGCGUGGAUAAGGUGGAGUUUAUUGUAAUGGGCGGCACAUUCAUGGCUCUCCCUGAGGACUACAGAGAUUACUUCAUCCGCAACCUGCACGAUGCGCUGUCAGGACACACUUCCAACAACAUAGCCGAGGCCGUCAGGUACUCAGAGCGCAGUAACACUAAGUGUGUGGGGAUCACCAUCGAGACGCGACCAGACUAUUGCCUGAAGAGGCACCUGAGCGACAUGCUGGCGUACGGCUGCACCAGGCUGGAAAUCGGCGUGCAGAGCGUUUACGAAGAUGUGGCUCGCGACACCAACAGGGGGCACACAGUGCGAGCCGUGUGCGAGUCUUUUCAUCUGGCGAAAGAUGCAGGCUUUAAGGUGGUGUCCCACAUGAUGCCUGACCUGCCCAAUGUGGGUAUAGAGCGAGACGUGGAGCAGUUUAUAGAGUUCUUUGAGAAUCCGGCAUUCCGGCCAGACGGCCUGAAGCUCUACCCAACGUUAGUGAUCCGGGGAACAGGCCUGUAUGAGCUGUGGAAGACGGGCCGCUACAAGAGCUACUCGCCCAGCACUCUGGUGGACCUGGUGGCCCGUAUCCUGGCACUGGUGCCACCCUGGACCCGAGUGUACCGCGUGCAGAGGGACAUCCCCAUGCCACUGGUUACCUCUGGUGUGGAACACGGAAACCUGCGAGAGUUGGCACUGGCUCGAAUGAAGGACAUGGGGACUGAGUGUAGAGAUGUGAGAACCAGAGAGGUAGGAAUCCAAGAGAUCCAUCAUAAAGUACGACCAUACCAGGUGGAGCUGAUCCGACGAGACUACGUAGCCAAUGGCGGCUGGGAGACAUUCUUGUCGUACGAGGAUCCUGAGCAGGACAUCCUGAUCGGGUUGCUGAGACUCCGCCGCUGUUCACCGCAGUCUUUUCGUCCGGAGCUCAAGACCGCCGUGUCGAUUGUGCGCGAGCUGCAUGUGUAUGGCAGCGUGGUGCCCAUCAGCAGCCGAGAUCCCAGCAAGUUCCAGCACCAGGGUUUUGGGAUGAUGCUGAUGGAGGAGGCGGAGAGGAUAGCCAGAGAUGAACACGGCUCCUCCAAACUGGCUGUUAUCUCAGGUGUAGGGACUCGGAAUUAUUACAGGAAGAUGGGUUACGAGCUGGAGGGGCCGUACAUGGUGAAACGCUUGGACUGAAAGCAGGACGCUGAGAUUUUUAUCAGCUUAAAAAUAAUGGUGUGUUUAAAUUGGUGUGUGUGUGAGAGGGAGAGAGAGAGAGAGAGAGAGAAACUGGCAAGAAUUGAUAUUUCAGCAAGCUCGGAUGUGACUCCUUAAGAAGAGUGCGUACAUUUCUGUUAGGGUUCAUUAAACAGUGAGAAAUUCCAUUUUCUAUACAAAUUCUCGCAUCCUUAUUAUUUCAAAUUUUCCAGCUUUCUAAAUUGCGCAUCUUUUAAAUUGAAUUUUCCUUAUACGUCCCCUGGCACUAAGAAUGACUCAUCUGUUUGUUCUCUUAUUUUCUUCUGUUUUGACAAAUAAAGAAUAUUUAUCUCA